GUUGAUCUCAACUCUCUGGUCAUUCUGCGCUUAAGCUUACACAUUCAUCCCACCUACAAGACGAUUGAUAUUCGAAACGAAGGCGCAAAUAAUACUAGAAUAUCUAGCCGCACAGAAAUACCCAAUUGUCAAUAUAAAUUGUAUUCGCAAUGGCUAAGAGUCGGACGAAGAAACGCACCCAUGUCGGCGCCAGCAAUCCUAAGCACAAGGCCCCUCUGGUAGGCCGCUCUGCUGUCCAAGAUCCUAAGAGCAUGGUCAUUCGUAUCGGCGCCGGCGAGGUUGGGUCAAGUAUCAGCCAAUUGGCAAGAGAUGUGCGCCAAGUUAUGGAACCCGGCACAGCUAGUCGUCUAAAAGAGCGUCGUGCGAAUCGUCUAAGAGACUAUAUAACUAUGACCGGUCCCCUAGGCGUCACUCACCUACUCUUAUUCUCCCGAUCCGAGUCUGGGAAUACGAAUCUACGUAUAGCCACCACCCCGCGUGGCCCUACCUUACAUUUCCGUGUCGAGAAGUAUUCUCUUUGCAAAGAUAUACGCAAAGCGCAGAGACAUCCGAGAGGUGGAGGGAAAGAGUAUACCACAUCCCCAUUGUUGAUCAUGAAUAACAUCUCCACGCCAGGCGCAGACGCCAAUUCUAAAGUCCCUAAACACCUCGAGACGCUCACUACCACCGUAUUUCAGUCGCUUUUCCCCCGCAUCAACCCACAGACCACACCCCUCAAGUCGAUAAGGAGAGUUUUGCUUUUAAACAGAGAGCCUGCUACGGACAAGGAUGAUGGCUCUUUUGUGCUCAACUUUCGGCACUAUGCUAUAUCUACCAAGCCUGCUGGAGUAUCUAAACAACUCCGUAGGCUCGACGCUGCCGAGAAGCUCUUUAGCGCCAAGAACCGGAAAGGCGGCGUCCCGAAUUUAGGAAAGCUGGAGGAUAUCUCCGAAUACAUGAUAGGAGGCGAAAAUGGCGAGGGCUACGUGACGGACGGCACUAGUGGAAGCGAAAUGGACACGGAUGCUGAGGUCGAGGUUCUAGAGGAUGCGCCGCGCAGAGUGCUCUCGAGCAAGGCUCGCGCGGCCAGGCUGGAAAGUGGAGAUACACCUAUAGAGAGUGACGAGAAGGUAGAGCGACGGCGCGUCACCCUAGUCGAACUUGGACCUCGUAUGAAGUUACGUAUGACUAAGGUCGAGGAAGGUCUGUGCUCUGGCAAGACGAUGUGGCACGAGCAUAUCCACAAGUCAAGACAGGAGAUACAGGAUCUCGAGCAGCGAUGGGAGAAGCGCAGAGAGGAGAAGGAAGCAAGAAGAAAGCAGCAGAAGGCCAACGUGGAGAAGAAAAAGAAGGAACGCGAAGCAAACGGCACCAAGAGCAAAAAGGAUGGAGCAGCCGGCGAAGAGGAGGAUGAUGAGGACGUCGAGAUGAAUGGAUAUAACAGUGAUCUGUUCGACGAAAUGAUGGAGGAAGACGAGAUAGACAGCGAAGGAUUAGCAGGAGACGCGGAAGAAGCAAUCGGUGAUCAAAUGGAUGAAGAUGGAUGGGAAGAUGAGAGGGAAGAGAUUGCAGAUGAAAAUUAAUUCUUCCUGCGCCUUUAUUGGGGUUAUAAUAGUUGACAUAGGUAUGGUGUCUGGCGCAUUACAUUACGCUGCGUAAUAUCAUGUCUAUCGAAGAGAAUUCUUGAUUUAUCUCUGUGAAGUGUGUGGUUAGAUACGAGUAGCCCUUUAAGUUAUAGCUAUGAGGGCUAGAGUUAUCCGAAUAGAAUAGGAGAGAAUGACUAGGAAAGAUCUUUAGGG